CUAAAGUAAAAGAGAAAAAAACCCGGAAGCCAAACUCGGCGGGUAACCCGAAAUCUGCCGGGUAAAGAAAAAGCCGAGUGAAAAAAUGGAGAUGCUCGGAGAUUGAUGGUGGAGGAAGCCAUGAAAAUUGAAGAUUGACUCGGUCUGUAUAAAAAAUCGAUCCACAAUUUGCAUGCGAGUGAAUGGAGCCUCCGUCGUUCCAAGAAGCUCCGCGCUGUGACGUCUGCAAAUGCAGCUUUAACGCUUUCAGGCGACGGCAUCAUUGCCGGUCUUGUGGGCGGACAUUAUGCCACGAACACUCGGCAAACCAAAUGGCUUUACCACAGUUUGGCAUUUAUUCACCCGUUAGAGUUUGCAGUGAAUGUUUCAAUGACUCCUCUCGUCAAGGAAUCGCUCAGACGGAGAAUGUAUUUAUAGGAGGAGAUUUAAAUGGACACGUGGGCAAGGAGACAGGCAACUAUGGAGAUUUUCAUGGUGGCCAUGGUUUUGGGGAAAGAAACGAGGAUGGAGAAGCCAUCUUGGAUUUUGCAAUGGCAUAUGCUCUCUUCCUAGCCAACACCACCUUCUUUAAGAAGAGCGAAGAACAUGUGAUCACCUACAAGAGUGGGUUGUCAAAAACACAAAUUGAUUUUCUUCUAAUGAGGAAGGGGGAUCGUAUAACUUGUAAGGAUUGCAAAGUUAUACCGGGAGAGAGCUUGGCUAAUCAACAUCGCUUGUUGGUGAUGGAUGUACAUAUCAAAAGAGAGAGAAAAAAGAACAAGACCUUGAAAUGCCCAAGGACUAGAUGGUGGAAUCUAAAAGGAGAAAAACAAGUCAUUUUCAGAGAGAAAGUAAUCACCCAAUGCGUGUGGGAUAGAGCUAGCCAAAUGUGGGAUUCCAUGGCUAGUUGUAUCCGAAAAGUAGCAAAAGGGGUAUUAGGAGAGUCCAAGGGCUUUGCUCCACACCAAAAGGAAUCUUGAUGGUGGAAUGAGGAGAUACAAACAAAGGUUAAGGCUAAGAAGGAAUGUUGUAAAGCCUUAUACAAGGAUAGGACCGAUGAAAACGGUGAAAGGUGUAGAAUAGCGAAGCAGGAGGCGAAGAAAGCUGUGAGAGAAGCUAAGCUAGCGGCUGGUAAUGAUAUGUAUAAGCAACUAGAUACCAAAGAAGGAGAGUUGGAUAUCUAUAAAUUAGCUAGAGCAAGGGAAAAGAAGACAAGAGACCUAAACCAAGUGAGGUGCGUCAAGGAUGAGAAUGGAAAGGUUCUUGCUACAGAGAAUGCGGUCAAAGACAGGUGGAGAGGUUAUUUUCAUAAUCUUUUUAAUGAAGGACAUGAAAGGAGUAUUUCUCUGGGGGAGUUUAGUAACUAAGAAGAAGAUGCCAAAUGAGUGGCGAAAGAGCACUUUGGUGCCUAUCUACAAGAAUAAGGGCGACGUACAAAAUUGCAUGAACUAUAGGGGUAUUAAGCUAAUGAGUCAUACAAUGAAGCUCUGGGAGACAGUCAUUGAGCAUAGAUUGAGGCAAGAGACAUGGGUCUCGGACAACCAAUUCAGGUUCAUGCUAGGGCGCUCAACCAUUGAGGCAAUCUAUCUCUUACGAAGAUUGAUGGAAAGAUAUAGAGAUAUGAAAAAGGAUUUACUCAUGGUCUUUAUAGAUUUGGAAAAAGCGUAUGAUAGGGUCUCAAGACAUUCUUUGGAGGAUUUUAGUGAAGAAAGGAGUACGAGUGGCAUAUAUCCAAGUUAUAAAGGUUAUGUAUGAUGGAGCAAAUACUGCUGUAAGAACUCAUGAAGCACAAACCGAAAGCUUCCCCAUAACGGUAGGGUUACAUCAAGGCUCAUCUUUAAGUCCUUACCUUUUUGCAUUGGUAAUGGAUGAGUUAACGGGACAUAUUCAAGAUGAUAUUCCUUGGUGUAUGCUUUUCCUAGACGAUAUAGUGUUGAUAGAUGAAACUCAGGAAGGGAUAAAUGCGAAGCUUAACCUUUGGAGAGAAGUGUUGGAAUCUAAAGGUCUUCGCCUAAGUCGGUCAAAGACAGAAUAUAUGGAGUGCAAGUUCAGUGCAAAUGGAGGCCCAAAUGUGUUAGGGGUGAGGAUCGGAGACCAGGAAGUACCAAAGAGCGACCACUUUCGCUACCAAGGAUUUAUCUUGCAAAAGAACGGAGAAUUAGAUAGAGACCUCAACCAUAGAAUACAAGUUGGAUAGGAUGAAGUGGAAAGGUGCAUCCGGCGUGUUGUGUGACCGUCGUAUGCCAUUGAAGCUCAAGGGAAAAUUUUAUAGGACGGCAAUAAGGCCGACGAUGCUGUACAGCACGGAAUAUUGGGCGGUGAAGCAUCAACAUGUACAUCAAAUGGGUGUAACGGAGAUAAGGAUGCUCCGUUGGAUUUGUGGGCACACGAGAAAGGAUAAGAUUAGGAAUGAGGAUAUCCGAGGUAAAGUAGGAGUAGCCGAAAUUGAAGGAAAGAUGAGAGAAAAUUGGUUACGGUGGUUUGGACAUGUACAACGAAGGCCUACUAACGCUCCGGUUAGAAGAUGCGACUACGGGACAGAGGUCUAGGGCCUAAGGGGUAGAGGAAGAUCUAGGAAGACUUUGGAAGAGACUCUAAGAAAAGACUUAGAGUACUUGGAUCUAACGGAAGACAUGAUAUAAAACCGAGCGCAAUGGCAUUCUAGAAUUCAUAUAGCCAACCCCACUUAGUGGGAAAAGGCUUUGUUGUUGUUGUUGUAUUAAACAUUCAAGGGCUACUGGUCUUUUAAGUAGUUGGUAAUAAAGUAUUGCUAGGCCUUCAGGGUAAGCUAUAAUGGAAUCAUGGAAAGGAAACCCUCUUUCAGUGUUUGAGUUUGUCCAGGGGUGAAGGUGCUUUAGUGGCAAUAAUUGGCUAAUGAACCUGAAAAGGAUCACGCAGGUGUACUCAUUUGUAUAUCUUAUUUACGUAUGGAGAUUCAUGCCAUGCCUUCCCCUACCUGUGCGUAGUUGUUCAUGUACACUUGUACUUCUUACUCUUUCCUUAUGCCCUACUGCUCAAAAAGUAUGCUUAGUGAAGAAUACUGAGCACUUUACAGGCUUCCACCCUAAUCUGUGUUCCAUUCUGAUGUUGUUGUUAUGCUACCCCACGGUGAAUUGCUAAAGUUGGGACUUCUUGUCCUUUGGUCUUCUUCUCUCAAUUAUUUUUCCUUUUAUUUUCUUUGAAGGAAACGAAAAAUCUUUUCUAAUAUUGGGUCAUUUUGGGUUUUGUU